CCGGUACUCGUGCGAAGGAGUAAGACGUACUAGUCGCGAGCAUCCGGACUCGUAUAUUUUAUACGAGCCAAUUCGAACGUGAUAGUUACUAGUUAUGAGUUAAUGGUGCUCGAACAACGUUUCCCCAUUAUCAGAACAUCAUAUAUAAACAGGUGACGUCCCUUGGCGACAACGAAAUUGCCGAAAAUGGAGGACAAAAAUAAUACAACAGCUACGGAACUGGAUACCUUCCUGCCACAGGAUGGUUCCAAUAUGAAAGAUGGAGUUUUAUCUGCAAAGUACAAAGUACAAGUAGCAGCGCGAGAUGCAGAAAAUGGCCAUGCAGAUGGAAAAACAUUCAACCCUUUCAGUGAACGUACAAUCCAAAAUCCUACAACGGAUUGCGAAACCUUGACACAUUUACUGAAGGCAUCCCUUGGAACAGGCAUAUUGGCUAUGCCCGUAGCAUUCAAAAGCGCCGGCCUUCUUGUGGGCGUCUUCGCAACUGUUCUCGUAGCGUUUAUAUGCACUCACUGUGCAUACAUUCUAGUUAAAUGUGCACACGUCUUAUAUUACAAAACACGAAGAACCGAGAUGAGCUUUGCAGACGUUUCGGAAAUUGCUUUUGCCACUGGACCCUCUUGGGGAAGAAGAUUUGCUAAGCCAUCUAGGUAUCUCAUUCAAAUUAGUUUAUUUGCAACAUACUACGGUACCUGCAGUGUAUACGCGAUUAUUGUUGCCGCGAACUUCCGGCAAAUAAUUGAUCAUUACAACGCUCCUGAUAAAAUAAGUGAAAGGCUCACCAUUGCUUUUCUAUUGGUGCCUAUGAUAUUGCUGAGUUGGAUUCCCAAUUUGAAAUAUCUUGCUCCAGUGUCUAUGGUAGCUAACGUAUUUAUGGCUACCGGUCUUGGAAUUACAAUUUAUUAUCUUGUUUGGGAUAUGCCACCCGUUAAUUCUGUUCCACUUAUAGCGCCUAUAAGCGAAUUUCCUCAAUUCUUCAGCAUCACUAUUUUCGCUAUGGAAGCAAUAGGUGUUGUCAUGCCUUUGGAGAAUAAUAUGAAAACUCCUCAGCACUUUGUUGGAAUCUGCGGUGUCCUUAAUAAGGGCAUGUCUGGAGUUACGCUUAUUUAUAUUCUUCUUGGAUUUCUUGGAUAUCUCAAGUAUAAUGUAGCGACCCAGGGUAGUAUUACAUUGAACUUGCCAACUGAGGAAAUACCCGCACAAGUCGUGAAAAUCCUUAUCGCUCUCGCAGUCUACUGCACUUUUGGACUACAGUUUUACGUCUGCCUUGAAAUCGCGUGGAAGGGCUUAAAAGACCGUUUCCAAAAGAAACCUAUGAUCAUGAACUAUGUUCUUCGUACCCUGCUUGUCACUGGUGCCAUAUUGAUUGCCGUGGCUGUACCAACCAUAGAACCAUUCAUCAGUCUCAUCGGUGCAUUUUGCUUUUCGAUUUUGGGUCUUCUCGUUCCUGUGUUAAUAGAAACAGUGACAUAUUGGGACGUUGGUUUCGGUCCUGGAAAUUGGGUCGCCAUAAAGAACAUUAUUAUAUGUAUAGUCGGUCUAUUGGCUCUGACAUUUGGAUCUCGCAGUGCCAUGAUCGACAUUGUAAAGUUGUAUAGCUAAUUAAUUCAAAUUGUUCAUCAAUAAUUUAACCUUUCCGUUAUUCGGUUCUCGUUUGUUAUCCACAAUGACCGAUGAGAACGAUUUAGAACGUACGAAAAGAGAUAUGAUGAAAACAAAAAUGUGCGUAGCAGUGAAAGGAAUUGAAUGACGAAUUUGAUACAUUUUAAGGAUCGAUUUCCUAUGAUAAUUAAAGAAAAACCUAAAUUUAAUAGUUGUACUUAUAGCGAUGCUCAGAUUUAUAUUUUAAACUGUAUAGGAACACAUAGCAAAAUGAUACAAUCAAUCUGAUACUUCAUUUAGUAAUCUAUCGUACAUACUGUUACUUAUAAUGAUUUUUCAUUGUACUAUAAACGAACACCUAUCUAAUGUGAACACAGUAACAUGCAUUGCGAUAGGUAGUACAAAAAUAUGUAUACUGUGUAUAUGAACUUUCCGACCAAGCAUUACGAAAAAUUUGUAUUUAAUAAAUGUUAAUUAUUAUCAAUUUCAACAGUCGCUCGAUUCGUUCAGAGCACUGAAGUUUCGUAAUUAAAAAGCAAUGACCGCAAUAUAUUACGUUUCAAUUUUAUAAAACUAUAUUCAGUUAACAAAAUGUAUCUGCGGCAACAAUAUAUGAAUGUCUUAUUAUAAUUAUUGAAUUUAUAUAUCGUUUAUAUUUAUUUGAAAUAUACGAAAAAUAGUAUACAUAUAUACAUUGUUAUCGGGAGAAAGUGCUCGCAAUUGUCAUUAUAUGGAUAUGAGAAUAAUAAUAUAAUGGCUUUUGUUUCUUAAUCGCGGGAUCUGCCGAAUCACAAUUUGAUUUGAGUACUACUUUUAUAUAUAUUAUUAUGUGAAAUUAAUUUUUCUUUUAGUAUGAAACUCAUCGUAGUUAAUUCUUUCAACUUUAAUAUUAAUUAUUAAUACGAUAUAUGUCUAAGUGUAUUGUUUAAGAAAAAAAGAAUUGAACAGUGUUUUGAAGAUCGGUUCUUUUACAGUUGCACUCAAUUUUAUGUUUUAUAUUUUAUUAGCUUAUAUUGUCCUGUGGAACAAUUACUUAAUAACGCAUGAACUUCUAACAGAGUCAAUUUAACUGAAUUUUGUUCUUCAAAAAGCCAUAUUCCACGGUACCACUGAUAUGUUAUGCGCUCUUUUGCGUGCUCAAUUGAAAAGUUGCAUUUGCAUUUUCGUCAAGGUUGGCUUGUUAUUUUAAAAUAUAACUGAUAUUUGGAUAAAACAUCGCACUUAACGGAGUACGUAAAGCUAAAAGACAAUUAAUAAUAUAAAAAAGUGCAAGUGUAUAAAACUUAAUCACCUCACAGGUAUGGCACAUUGAUGGACUUAACUCUUGUCAUAAUUUAGAAUAGAAGUAAUAAUUUUCAUAGAAGUUAAUGCUAACUGUAAGUAGUUGAAUUCACAAAGCAUUAUGACAAACAUUACAUUUCUUUGCAGUUUAUAGUAUCAGCAGUGAUAAUGAUAACAUAGUGAUCAAUGUUGAUACAUGGCCUCAUGGAGUCUCCAUGCAUGGCCUAAUGGAGUUUUGAGAUAUAAAAGAUUAAAAAACCAUCCUCAUAUAUUUUUAUGAUGGCACAGAAAGUAGAUUAGAUUGUGUAAAGCUUUAUGCUAUUUAUGCUGGCCUCAAUUGUAUAUAUAAAAAGGUAAAAUGAACUGUACAAGGCUUUUGUGAGUAUAAAUAUCACAUCUGAAAAUAUGAACAACGAAUGCAUUAUCAUUAAUGGACUGUUAAAAGGUGUGCUAUGUUCGUCAUAUUAUGUAAAUGAUCAAACUAUGGUAUGUAACACUAUGUGUGGUUGAUAUAUUUGGCACAGUUUGCCCUGAUCUUGCAUUUAAUCUUAGUUUAUAUUUUUUACUGAGAAUCUUGAAAAUUUGCAAAUAAAGAUAUUAUUGUUGAAAA